UCCACCAAUUCCCCAAGGUCCCCUUCCUUCACACCCCGAUGACCAGCUUCAUCCCCUAGGUCCUCGCCCACCCCUCCCUCCUAUCUGCACCACGGACUCCCCACGUCUCUCCAUCUUGGAGGCUGUAGGCUGACCAGAUCCAUGGAGUGGGGAGAGUUGCUCUGUGAGAGGAGAUUGUGCAAAUUGACUUAUAUCCUCCAGACUCGGGAAAAGGGAUGGCUGCCAGAGAGACAGAGUCUGCUGAUGAUAUAUGGGAGAGGAUAUGUUCUGGACUGCCAGCUCAGAUGAUGGAUGUGAAUGAAACCGAUUCCCCAGUCAGAGAGUGCUUCCCAGAAUCCUUCUCUGAAAUAUUCAGCCUGAUUCCCGUCACAGUGCCAGACGUAGAUUUGAUGAGCAACAAGAAUCAUGCAGAGGAAGGGAAUCUUUGGGCACCCAUGGCUGAUUCACAGCAAUAUCUGGCAACACUGGAAAAUCGCCUGAGGAAACUGAAGGGUAUAAACGAAGAGCCAAGUUCAAAAGGGAUGCUAAAGAGCCUAUCACAGGCAAAGAAAGAAUGCUGGGAUCGCUUCCUGCAUGAGCAGUAUAUGUCAGAGAUGUACAGUGAUGGAUACGAGAUGGACCAGAGUGCCAUGGACUAUUUCAAGCGGUGGGUGCAGCCAGACAGAGUUGCCGUAAACGCAGAGGAGAUUCAGUAUCUGAUCAGUCCUGAAGGGCAGUCUGAGAGCCAGGAGGAGCCUGAGGGUGAAAACUGCUCUUCCUGCGAACAGUAAUGACCGACAGUGGUGUCUGCCCUGAGAAACCCGGCUCAGGCCAGACCAGAGCUCAGCGAUGACCGUCAUCCAGAGGUGGAAAUGUUGGACUGUUUGAUGUGACAGCCACAAAUGCAAAUAAUGAACUUGAGUUGUCCCAGCAGCUGAAUCCUCGGAGCCCCUCUGCCGCAUCACUGUAACUGAGUGUCACCACCUUGACCCAUUUCUGUCUCUGGAGCAGGAAAGACAAGAAGGGGAUCCCAGAGCCGAAAGGGAUUUACUGCUGUUGGGUGUACCUUAUUCCAAUGACCUGUAUACCCCUCAGUGCAAUAGUGCACCUGUAUUUACAGAAUUACAGGCGUUUGGAAGACUUGCAGUUGAAGAACAUUUCAUUGCAUGCCUCAGUGAUAAUGCAUUCGUUCAACAGCACACAUUCUCCUCCUGUCUCAGCACCAGUGUUUGUGUAUUGUGCAGAGAACUACAGUCACCUUAAGUCCAUCAAAUAUUGAAAUGUUUUCCACUUCGGAUAGGGAGAGUGAAUUGAAUCUUUGUUUAGGUUUCUCUGUAUUGGGAACAUGACGGCUCCCAAUCCCUUGUGGAUUAUCUGUUUCCAGCAGUGUACUCUGGGGCGGGGGGGGGAGUGCUAACCAUUCUGUACUUAAUUCUCUAAGUUUGAAUGUCUUAAUCUUUCUAACUUAUCUCUCCACUCACUAACCUGUCUCUAUCAAAACACUCCCAUCAAACUCUUUGGUAGCUUCUACCUUCCUAUGCCCCACCCUACCACUUCAGACACUAGACACUAGAAUACUGCAGCACAGUACAGGCCCUUUGGCCCUCAAUGUUAUGCUGACCCAUAUGUUCCUUAAAAUAAAACGUACUAAACCCACACUACCUCGUAACCCUCUCUUUUUCUUCCAUCCGUGUGCCUGUCCAAGAGGCUCUUAAAUACCCCUAAUGUUUUAGCCUCCACCACCAUCCCUGGCAAGUCAUUCUAGGCACCCACAACCCUCUGUGUAAAAUAACUUACCCCUGAUGUCUCCCCUAAACUUCCCUCCCUUAACUUUGUACAUAUGCCCUCUGGUGUUUGCUUUUUGUGCCCUGGGAAACAGGUACUGGCUAUCCACCCUAUCUAUGUCACUCAUAAUCUUGUAGACUUUAGUACAUGCUGACUGAUUCUGUAACCUUUUGACUCCCACAUGCAAAGCUCUUGACUGUUGAAUGAUGCUGAGCAGGGCAAGCUAUAGAAUAAUGAAAUCAUAGAAUUGCUAAGGCACAAGAGGGCUUUGGCCCAUUAAGCCUGUACUGACUCUUUAUGGAGCAAUCCCUUUAAUCCCAAUUCCCACUCUUUUCCCAUAGCCUUACUUCUCCUAUCCUGUUGCUUUUAGAAUGCCCCAAUAGACUCUAACCAGUGACUUCUAAAUCAUUACCUCAGUUGACAUAAAACAAUUUCACAUUUGGUCCGUGUCUUUUUACCCAUCCUUUUAAAAUCAAUGCAUCUAGCAACACACAUAUAUAGAUAAUACCAUAUUCAAACCUCCCCCUGAAGUAGAUGCAUGGUGAUUGUCAGGUCCCUGCCUCAACCUCAGAGUUUAACAUCUGGAUAUUAAAACUUUCCUUGGUGACUGUGUUUCAAUUGCCACUGAGCUGAGCUGUACUUUACAGCCAAAGCUGCUUACAGCACAGAGGGAGGCCAGUCAGUCUGUGUUGGUGACAUCCUAUGCAAAUUUAAUCCCUUUUUUCUUUCUCUAACGGCAUAACAGAUCUGUGGUUUGUUGUUUAAUCUGGCGCUCAGACACCUAUUAUGUGACUUUAUUUUUACAGACGAAUGGAUAUACUUUAUUUUCAUCGAGCACCUGAUUAUUGAAGCUAAGAAAUAUAUUGAUAAUUCCACAAGGCUGGCCCCCUCCCCACACAUACACCCACACACUCACACUCACACGCACACACACACUGACACAGAUUCAUACUUUAAUAGUAAUGAAGCUGGACUGCAGUUAGACCCCAUGUCAUGAAAGAGUGAGCUGUGCUGUUUUCCACCUAACAGAUCAGAAGCAAAAUAUGCUGGACGUAUAAAAUCAUAGAACAUUGAACUGUACAGCACAGGAACAAUGUUGUGCUGAACUAAUUAAACUAGUGAUCAAAUGGCCAGCUAAACUAAUCCCUUCUGCCUACACAAUGUCCCUAUCCUUCCACUUUGCUCACAUUCAUGUGCCUAUGUAAAACUCCGUAAUGUAUAUGCCUUUGUCACCAUCCCAGGCAGUGCAGCUCAGACACCCAUCGCUCUCCGUGUUUGGAAAAAAGCUAUCACCUUAAAUGCGUGCCCACUGUAUUAGACACUUCAACCAUGGGAAAAAAAACGCUGUCUUAUCUACUCCAUCUAUGCCUCUCAUAAUCUUAUAAACCUGUAGCCUCCACCUCUCAAGAAAAAACAGCCCAAGUUCGUACAGCUUCUCAUGAUAGCACUAAUCCAGGCAGCAUCCUGGCAAACCUCUUCUGCACCCUCUCCAAAGCCCCUACAUCCUUCCUAUAAUCAAGCAACCAGAACUGUAUGCAAUACUCCAGAUGUAGCCUAACUAGAGUUUUAUAAAGCUUCUUGACUUUAGAACUCAAAGCCUUUACUAAUAAAGGCAAGCAUGACAUAUGCCUUCUUAGCCACAUGAUCAAUCUAUGUAGCCACUUAGAGGGAGCUGUGACGUUGGACUCCCAAGAUCAUUCUGCACAUCAGCUCUGUAAGGGUCUUGCAGUGUACCAUCUCUUUAUCCUUGACCUACACUUCAUAUUUGGCUGGGUUAAACUCCAUCUGUCAUUUCUACGCCCAUAUCUACAACUGAUCUAUGUCCAGCUAUAUACUUUACCAGUCUUCUAUGCUAUCCACAACUCCACCAAUCUUCGUACCAUCUGCAAACUUAGUAACCCACAUAUCUUCAGUAUUGUGCAAAAAUCUUAGGCACAUGUGGAAAAAAAUUCUGUAAAGCAAAGGUGCUUUCAAAAAUAAUAAAAUGAAAAGUUUCUAAAUAUCAAAAAAUUACUAUAAAGAGCAAUAAAGAAUAAAAAACUAAAUCAAAUCAAUAGUUCAUGUGAUCACCCUUUGGCUUUAAAACGACAUCAAUUCUCGUAGGUACAUUGAUUGACAUGCAGUUUUAUAAGAAAAUUGGCUGGUAGUUUGUUCCAAGUGUCUUAGAGAUCUUGCCACAGUUCUUCUGCAGACUUGCUUCUGUCUCUCCAGGUAAUUUCAAACAGCCUUGUUGACGUUGAGAUCAGGGCUGUAAAGGCCAUAUCAUCUGAAGCCAUAUAGAAAAUCUAGGGUGCUUCAGACUUUUGCAUAGUCAUCUACAUUUCAUCCAGGUUAUUUAUAUACAUCAGAAACAACAGAGGUCCCAGCACAGAUCCCUGCGGAACUCCACUAAUUACAGACCUCCAACUCGAAUAAGUCCCUUCGAACACUACCCUCUCUCUUCUAUGGGCAAGCCAGUUCUGAAUCCAAAUGGCCAAUUCACCAUGAAUCCCAUGCAUUUUAAUCUUGCAUGAGAGGAUGGGCCUCUCAUGAGGGAUGAGGGAUCUUGUCAAAUGCCUUACUAAAUUCCAUCGAGAUAACAUCCACAGCUCUAUCUUCAUCAAUCACCUUUGUCACCGCAUCGAAAAACUCAAUUAAAGUUAGUAAGACAUGGCUCACGUAAAGUCAUGCUGGCUCUCCCUAAUUAAGCCAUUGUUUUCCAAAAAUUCUAUCCCUAAGAAUUCUCUCCAGUAGCUUCUCUACUACUGACAUGAGACUCACCAGUCUAUAGUUUCCAGAACAGACUAUGCUGAAAAUAUUCAACAGGUUAGCUAGUGUCUGAUAAGAGUUGAAUAAAGGGAACUAACAGCAGAUUGGGAAAAGACAGAUGAUUAACUGAUGAUGAUUCAUUGCUCUAGGUCAAUGUGCUGACCACCCCCUCCCCCCACGUGAGUCAUUUGACCCGUCCCAUCUAGGCUGUCCUACACAUCCUCCUGAAAACCAACUUGGACCUCCCUCUUUCCCAGCUGAUAAAGGGUCACAGCCCCCAAAACGAUGGCUGUUGCAGCCUAACUUGCUGAGUUUCCCAGCAUUUACUGUUUUAUUUCACAUUUCCAACAUCUGCAGUUUUUUUUUCUGGUUAUUUCUUUUUCUGUUUGGUAUCAUCCUCAUGAAUUGUUUCUGAACUUCCCCAAUGCCUCUACAUCUUUUCAUUAUUAUGGAGACCAAGGCACCGGGCUAACUUCUCUUCUUUUGAGAUGUCCCUCUAAUAUUAAAUACCAGUCUUAAUCACUUCAAAAUUCAAAGUUAAUUUAUUAUCAAUGUACAUAUAUGUCCCCAUAUACAACCCUGAUACUCGCUUGCGAGCAUGUACAAUAAAUUCAUUAUAGAAUAAUAACCAUAAUAGAAUCAAUGAAGGACUGCACCAACUCGAGUGUUCAACCACUGCAAAAAGAAAACAAACUAUGUAAGUAUGAAAAGAAAGAAAUAAUAAAUAAGCAAUAAAUAUCGAGAACAUGGGAUGAAGAGGCCUUGAAAGUGAGUCCAUAGGUUGUGGGAACAGUUCAGUGAUGGGGCAAGUGAAGUUACCCUCUUUGGUUUAAGAGCUUGAUGGUUGAGGGGUAGUAACUGUUCCUGAACCUGGUGGUGUAAAUCCUAAGGGUCCUGUAUCUUCUUCCUGUUGGCAGUAGAGAGAAGACUGCAUGUCCUGGGUGGUCGGGGUCCCUGAUAAUAGAUGCUUUCCAGUGACAGCAUUUUGUGUAGAUAUGCUCAAUGUGGGGAGGGCUUUACCGGUGAUGAAUUGGUCUGUAUCCGCUUUAUUGUAGGAGUUUCUGUUCAAGGGCAUUGGCGUUUCUGUAACAGGCUGUGAUGACGAUCGUAGCUAUAUUUGGAGAGUUGUAAAUUAGUUGCUUGUCUCUACGAUGUAUUUUUGGGAAAAAGAAACAGAUGAUAUCUCCUGUUACAUGACUGGGAACUGUAUUCAGUGUGAGCUUUCAGGACUUUGAGAAAUUGGCUGAGGAUGUGUGGAGUAGGGAAGGAAAAAGUGGAGCAGACUACACCUGCACUGACUCACCCAACCUGCAGGUGUCCUCGUACUCCGUGGAACUGAAGUCUUGUGGUGUCAUUAAAAUGGUUAUGACUUUGAUGAGGUUAGUAAAGAUGCAGACCUAGUACUUGUGUUCAUUUUUAUGGAAUGUAGCUCAGAAGGAGAGAAAUUUUACAUUUAUCUCAGCCCUAGGUCUCCAUAUUUAUGAAAAGACGAUGGAGACAUCAAGGAAGGUACAAGAGAAAUUCUCAAAAAUGGCCCCAGAAUCGAAAAAUAUAUUUGUCAAGAAAGACUAAGCAGGCUGGACAGAAGAUUCUGCAGAUGCUGAAAAUCUGAUGCUCUGAACAGGCUGGAAUUCUUUACUCUAGAAAGGAAAUGGUAGAGGAGUGACCAGCUAGAGGUUGUUCAAAAUUGUAAACGGUUUGAAGGUUUAAUGCUUCCGCUUCUGAGGAAACUGGGUCCAAGGGAUAUUAAAUAUGUCAAAGAAUUUUUGUAGAACACGGGAAUUUAAUGUGUCAGACUGGGGAGGCCGAGGUGGUUGUUUUUGGAACAUUGAGAGAGUGUUAAUGCCGGUGUACAAGAUGAUGACUGAUCUAGGUUAAGGAGGGAGCUACAUUAUUAUGCUAGUUAAUAGUUCAAGGACUAGCCCUUGCAGAUUUAACCUUUUGACAAAAGGUAAAAGGGAGAUAUAAUUAAGACCAUAAAUUAGGUGGAGUAUUAGGUCAUUCAAUCUACUCCGCCAUUCCAUCAUGACUGGUUUAUUAUCCCUCUCAACUCAUUCCUCCUGCCUUCUCCCUAUAAUCUGACUAAUCAAAAACUUAUCAACCUCCGCUUUAAAUACACCCAGUGACUUGACCUCCACAGGCAUCUGUGGCAAUGAAUUCCGCGGAUUCACCUCUCUCUGGCUAAAAGAAGUGCCUCCUCAUCUCUGUUGUAAAUGGACUUCCCUCUAUCCUGAAGUUAUGCCCUCUGGUCCAGUUUUUCCCCUGAAUCAGAGCCGAAUUACGUCCUCACUUCAGAGAGUGGAGAAUGAAAAUACCUUGGCCGACACUCCCACUGCAGUACUGAGGGAGUUUUACACUGCCGCAAAUGCCACAUUUACCUGGAUAUGAUCUAGAACUCAAUGCCUAUGUGGAGUAGUAGAGAUACCAUCAGUCAGGGCUUUCAGGGGAGAUUUGGAUAGCAGACGAGACUAAUCUGUAGGACUGUAUAGAAAGCAGCUUGACCCAUUGAGAUCUGUCAUAUGGAUCCUUCCUCUCAAUCAAUAUCCUCAUUCAGAAGCUGUGCUGUUAUGGCUUGUGAUACUGUUGCUUGUUCUAUAAUGACGUUGGACCCUUAGCAGAUAUUCCUGCACUUUCCACACCACUACUGAUUGCUCUCAUUAGCAGCUUUGUCCUCAUUGCAACUUCAGUAUUCCCACUGUGGUUAAGAAUCCUAUCUUCUAAUGUAGCACAUCUCACAAAGUCAACUGUGCCUCAUUUACCUAAGAUCUGGUAUUAGUUUUAAAUGUCAAAGUUCUUAUCGCCAGCUACUACUUCCUCAGUUCAAAUUGAUGCGGGGUGAUCUCUAUUGCAAGCUAUGAUAGUGUCACCUCCAGAACUAUUUAAUAAAUUCCACCUAAAGCUCUCUGACCAACCCUCGUUGAAAAAUCCUUGCCACACUGAACAGUGAAACAACUGGCUCUUUUCAAUCUCAUUCUUCUUAUCCGUGUCAACUCUACAUCUUGCAAAAUCUCACAUAACAACAUGAUGCGUAUUGAAAGC